CGCAGGACUGGCAUUAUCCCCUUUAACCCAACGCCACGUUGAAACAUGUUUGGAUAUGGCCACAUUUAAGGCAAAUGAUUUAGCUCUAUUAUUAAAUAUUCAGACAUGUUUCCAUCAGGCAGAUAUUCUCGAUAGAGCACUUGAAUUCAAUAAGAAGAGCCCAAAAACUAGUAUAUGGGUAGUCAUUGGAAUUACCACUAGUCUCGUUAUUCAAGGAUUUGUGGCAAUUCAACAAAUUGUUGGUUACAUGUUCGUAGAUCAAGAAGAUUCCAAGGUGAAAUCAAAUUAUCAAAAGUUAUCGAAUAAUUUUGACCUUUUAAAUGAAAGAUACAUUAGAAUUGAACAAGAGUUAGAGGACUUAACAUUAAAAAUGAAUUCAGAAACCAAGAAUGUUCAAGGUAGACUUAAUAGAGGUGGGGAUGUCAGAAGAGAAAUUGACUUGUUGUCCAACUCAACAAAAAAUUUAAAGGAAAGUUUAGAUAAAGUGAAUUAUUGUUUAUUUUCUGGAAAGAGUAUAACAACUGCAUUGAUUCCACCAUCAUAUAACAAAUCGAAUGAUGGAACUGGAAUUGGAAUUGAAAUUAGAAGCUCCUCAAUUGUUACAGGUAGUGCAAGCGAAUUUAAUGAUGAAAAUAAAAUGUCAUCCCCAGCAGAAGUAUGGAAAAGUUAUGAUGAAAAAUAUAAAUAUUCCACAAGCAAAGUUAUGAAUAUUACAGAUAACCAAACCAAUCAAAAUUUCGAAACUUCUAACUCAAACUUUGUGAAAUCACGAAGUUUGAAAUCUUCAGAAAUUAAUAUACUCCCAAACGAUGUAAUUAAAUCAAGUUUUAAAGAAUCCAUUCUUAAGGCUAUCAAUACUAACAAAAUGGGAAAGGAAGUCAAGAAAGAUGCCACCAAUAUCAAAGAAAAGGAUACCAAAAUUGUUAGGUAUGAUGAACUUUCUAGAAAAGAUUCAUCAGGGAGAGCUUAUAAGCGAAUUUUUGUUCCAGGGAGAGGUUGGGUUCCAAGAAAAACCAUUGAAAUUGAAGAAAAAAAGUAUGGAACAACUAGUGAAGUUGAGAAAAGAUCACCAUAG